UCCUCGGAGCACCGCAGCGCCUCCCGAUUCAUCCAGCGUUUGGGGGAAGGAGGGUGGCCCCAUCCAAGCGCUGUUAUUGGCUGGGGCGGCAAAACCCAAGCUCCGCUCCCGAGUUGAAAUUAUCCACCAUCGCCAUGCCACAGCUUCGACGGUGACCUUACCGCGGUCGUCAAUUGCAAGAAAUCGUCAAUCUCUCGCCAAUUGCCGCCAUGGUCGUCAAGAUCCGUCUCGCCCGCUUCGGGCGCCGCAACCAUCCGUUCUACAAUAUUGUCGUCGCCCACGCCCGGACGGCGCGCAACUCUCGACCCCUCGAGGUCAUCGGCACAUACGAUCCCAUCCCCAAGGCCGACCCGUACGACAACUCCGGCAAGCUCCACAAGGACAUCCAGCUCGACCCGUUCCGAGCACGGUAUUGGAUCGGUGUGGGCGCUCAGCCGACCGACACGGCGUGGCGAUUGCUCUCCAUGGUGGGAAUCGUGCCCAAGAAGGAGUUUGGCCCCAAGAAGGAACAGGGCACUAAGACCUUGACGACAAGCUUUGCGCAAGUGCGAUAAACGGGACGGGACGGGCGAUUGCUUGGAAGCCGCGAGGUGUAUGAUAUGUACAAAAGCAUUUCAAGGCGUUGACUUGGGUAUGAUGCAUGCGAGGGUUUCGAGCGAAACCAGCAGCAUAUGAUGGCCAGAAGAUACCGGGCCCAAGAUACUAUUUGUGGUUGUUGACAUCAUGUCAUGUGGAGGCACGCUCUUCAGCAACUGUACAAUUCUGCUCUGGAGGCCAAGGUCCGGUUUGUCAAGAAACAGGGACUAUAUGAACGAGAAUUGGAUGUCAUGAUUAGAC